UUUCUCUCACAAAGGGGGUAAUGGGGUUUUGACUUCCAGAGUCACUCACAGCACAGCAGUAGCAAUGUCGGAGUAUCUCCCGGACGAAGGGGUGACCGACAUCCUCCAGAGACUCCCCGUGAAAUCUCUACUCCGAUUCAGGUGCGUUUCCAAAUCGUGGAACUCUCUCAUCACAUCCCCUGCCUUCAUCGAUUCCCAUCUCAAUCAAUCAAUUCCGAACAACACUCCCCCACACCCACUCUUAAUUGUAAGGAGCUGCGUUUCUUAUCCCAAUUCAAAGCUCAAUAAAGAGCACUACAAAUUGUUCCCCGAUAAUGAAGCAUUCGAGCAGUGUGCGGAAGUGGAUUUUCCCGUCAAAAGCCGUCGUCGUCACCAUUUUACGUUAAUUGGUUAUGUGAACGGUUUGAUGUGCCUUUUCGAACACGAUCGCUUUAUUCUUUGGAACCCGUCGAUUCGAAAAGUUUUGAAUCUUCCAAAACCUUGCAUUACGCUCAAGACGCACGGCCGCACUACGUGUCAUGAAGCCUUCGGAUUUGAUCCGCGGACCAACGAUUAUAAAGUCGUGAGAAUUGCAAUUCCUUGGCGGACCACUGCGAUAGUGAAGGAAACUUUGGUUGAAGUUUACUCUGUUAGCACAGGCUCCUGGAGAAUAAGCAGCACCACUUUUCCGCCUUUGACUACUGUUUUUGAUACGAGGCUACCCAAACCUUGCGUAGAAGGCUCUGUCCAUUUUACAGCACGGAAUAGGUCGUAUACAAAUAUUAUAUUGUCGUUUGAUCUGCGUGAUGAAGUGUUUCGUGAGAUGAUCUUUCCAUAUAAUAUUGGCUACAGAACUUAUAUCGCUACUUGUAGAGUUAGCGGAUCGCUUACUUUGUUAUCUUAUCAUACGGAAAGGAGUUGGUCCGUAUGGGUGAUGAAGGAAUAUGGUGCGGUCGAUUCUUGGGUGCAAGUGCAACAGACCACUAUUGAUAUAGCUGAAGAAAUUGAGAAUGUGCUAGGUUUCAAGAAGAAUGGUCAUGUACUAUUGCAGACCCGAAAAAAACAUGGUCAUUGCGAUCUCUUGUCGUACGACCCUGAAAGCCAACAAACUACAAAAUUGGAAAUACCUAAGGAGAUGCACACGUUUUUUGUUGACACUUACAGGGAGAACCUUGUCUUACUCAACCAAGAAGCGAAUGAUGUAGUUUCCAGAAGUAGAGUGACCAAGAAGAGGAAGAACAGUAUCAUCAAUCCUGUGAGAGAGCUCGGCUGUGUGUUGGAUGAGAUGAAACGGAAAUGCGAGGACGCUGCCGAAGAGGCUAAAAGAAAGCUUUUCAGGGCGGAACAGUUGCAGGAAAAAGUUCAAAGAAUGGUUUUCAGGCAGAACCAGUUGAUGGAAAAAGUGGAACUUGUAGCAAGACAGUUGCAAAUGGAAGUGGAUUGCCCGCAAAUACAGCUUGAGGAAGAAAUGGGAUCUGAAGUCAGAGAGCUUCAGGAGAAGAUGAGAGCAAUAAAGCAAGAGUUACAAGAGCUGCAGCAGGAAACGAAGCAAUAAAACAAGAGCAGACACGUCUUCUGACAUAGUUCCAACAUCAUAGGAACCAAGAUUACAGUUGUUUCCAAACAACUUUUAAUUUUAGAUGAAUCUAUUUCUUAUAAAAACCAAACAAUGUGCGCAAUUAAAUAUAAUGAAUUACAUUUCCUUAUAAUGGACCUGCAGUUUUUAGAGUGCAAUAGUGUGGAAGAUGGUUCGGUCUUACAUAAUGCGGUGCAUUUUGAGGGAGAGAAAUAUCAGAAGUUUUGAAGAUCACGAAAGGACAGUGGUGGCUCUU